GGGAGGAGAGUAACCGUGUUGCCCUUGACGCUGUUACCGGAGUAACACGCACAUUUUUAGACAGAUGGGAGAGAAUCCAAAGACGCCUCUUGCGUUGUCUAUAUUCUCAGUGCAUGCGGUUGAACGUGACGGAUAAAUAUUCAGGGUGUACCUUUGGCUGCAUCCGAGUUCACCUCGGCGCCUGGUAAGAGUGAAGAGGUCACAGAGACAAAUAAAACCCUCACAGCAUGUGUUGUGACUUCACAUAGGGCCACAUAGAGAGGAAGACAUGCGAGAGGCUGUGAGAGGCAGGACGUGUGUAGGAAAGUGAGUGCGGGAGAUUGAGAGACACUUUCAAAAGAUUUCACCAAUGAUGUGAUUUCCAUCUCCAUAUGAAAUCAGAGAUCCUUUCGGCCAACGGAGCGACUGCACCUUUUUGGAUUCGGAUAGCUAUUUGGUGCUCAUAAACGGACAGGGUGUGCGCGCGCCGUAGUUCGUUGUUGCUAUCGACUCGCUCGAUACUUUUUCCAGCAAGUCAUGUCUUACCCAGAGCUAUGGGUAAGUUCGACGACAACGAGAGGAUAAUCCUCAAUGUUGGGGGAACCAGGCACGAAACAUACCGAACCACAUUAAGGACUCUGCCAGGCACACGGUUGGCUCUCCUCGCCUCCGAUUCUGACAUCGAGUCUGUUCUGGACCACCUGCAACAAGUUCCUGGCUUUAUUGAGUACAAUGCGCGUAACAACGAAUACUUUUUUGAUCGCCACCCGGGAGUUUUCGCAUAUGUCCUCAACUACUACAGGACCGGGAAACUCCACUGCCCGGCAGAUGUCUGCGGUCCACUCUUCGAGGAAGAGUUGUCAUUUUGGGGCAUCGAUGAGACGGACGUGGAGCCUUGCUGCUGGAUGACCUAUCGCCAGCACAGGGACGCAGAGGAGGCUCUCGAUGUCUUUGAAAUGAACGUGGACAACGGGGACGAUGAGGAUGAGAUUGGGAAAAGACUAGGUAUCGAAGAUGUAUCUCCCACUCAUGGCAAUGUCAGCUUUUGGAAAAAGUGGCAACCGGUGAUGUGGAAUCUAUUCGAAGAUCCCUACUCUUCCAGGGCAGCAAGGUUUGUGGCCCUUGCCUCCUUGUUUUUCAUCAUGGUCUCCAUCACCACGUUCUGCCUGGAGACACACGAGGCGUUCAACACCAUCAUCAACAAGACGGACGCGACGCGCAGCAAUGACAGCACGCUGGAUGCGGGCCCGCAGUUCGAGAUCGAAACCGACCCGGCGCUCACCUACGUGGAGGGCGUUUGCGUCUUGUGGUUCACCCUCGAGUUCCUGGUGCGCGUGAUGUUCUGCCCGGACAAGCUGGAGUUCGUCAAGAGUUUGCUCAACAUCAUCGACUUCGUGGCCAUCCUGCCCUUCUACCUGGAGGUCAGCCUGAGCGGGCUGUCCUCGAAGGCGGCCAAGGACGUGCUGGGCUUCCUGCGCGUGGUGCGCUUUGUGCGCAUUCUGCGUAUCUUCAAGCUGACCCGCCACUUCGUGGGACUGCGCGUGCUGGGCCACACGCUCCGCGCCAGCCUCAACGAGUUCCUCCUGCUGGUCAUCUUCCUCUCGCUGGGCGUGCUCAUCUUCGCCACCAUGAUCUACUACGCCGAGCGCAUCGGCGCCAACCCCGCCGACCCCACCGCCAGCGACCACACCAUGUUCAAGAACAUCCCCAUCGGCUUCUGGUGGGCCGUGGUCACCAUGACCACGCUGGGCUACGGCGACAUGUAUCCGCAGACGUGGUCGGGCAUGCUGGUGGGCGCCCUGUGCGCCCUGGCCGGCGUGUUGACCAUCGCCAUGCCCGUGCCCGUCAUCGUCAACAACUUUGGCAUGUACUACUCGCUGGCCAUGGCCAAACAGAAGCUGCCCAAGAAGAGGAAGAAGCACAUACCGCAGGCGGCGCAGCACGCUGGCUCGCCCACCUACUGCAAGGCCGAGCUGCACGCCACCUGCAACAGCACGCAGGGAGACCUGUGCCUGGGUACAGGGCCCAGGAUGCUGGAGCGCAACCGAUCAGUGCUGUCGGCUGACUGCAGCGGAGGAAGUGACAUCACCACAUCACCAGAGGAGCGCAUGCCCAUGCGGCGCUCAAGUACGAGGGAGCAGGACCGGCGCAGCGGGGGCACUUGCUUUCUGCUCGCCGCCAGUGACUACACCUGCCCGGCCGACGGAGGCAUCCGCAAGACAGGGAAACCCAUGGAUUCGGACACGUUGCCAUGGUGUUGAAACCCAGGACUGUAAUCCUCCGCUCUUGGGCAAGAACACUGUCUGGGGAUUGGACGCCAGCGCGUCAACAGGAAGUGGAGCACUGUUCAUGUUUCAUUCAGAUUCCUUGAAAAAACAAAGAUUGGCUGGACAGUUUAUUUUUUAUUUUUUUGGUGUUUGCUCCUACGUCCAAUUGCUGUUGUCCACAAGGAGUGAAUCUGCAAACUAAGGACAUUGUAAACACACAGAUACUGACAAAUAUAACAGCGGCAACAGACGGACACAAAAUAAAGACACUAUUCACCUAAAGGCCGAUACCCUGGUCCUCCAUACAUGCUACAAAACUGUACAUACUACAGGAAACCCUAGAGUGCAUCUGUACAACCAUGUCCAGUGCAUUAUAUGUCUUUUUACUAGUGGGGCAGCUCCAUCUUGUGCAGUGAUCAGACUCACAUCUUGCCACCCUUACUAGCCAUGGCUUCUUUCCUUGCAAUAAGUGUACUAAGAUGUGUAGGCUUUGAGGCACUUAUAGGGGUUAUUCAUGAAGGUCACUGGCAAUGAGUCAGUGAUGGUAGGGGCCUGCUUUUAGCACAACAGACAGCGUCAUGACUCGCAUAAGACGAUCGCCGUUUGAUUUCUUAAACCGUGUCGACGGAUUACAGUGUUUUCUCCACCAUUAUUUCCAUGUGAUUCAUGUCAAAAUGACCAUCAAAUAAAGCAAAACAUGGACAAUCUGUGAUGGGUUGAAUCACAUGGUAGUGUUGCUGCUAUUUUAUCAGAAAACAAAAUCAAAACCUAACUAAACAAAAAGAACUCAUGGCUUUGUAGGAGUAACUGAGAGGCUUUUUUCUAUAGUUUCCCCCUCUUAAUCUUACAGAGGCACACAAACACACACACACACCACAACUUGUUUGUGAUGUUUUUUAUUAAAACAAUAAUUUAGGAUCAGGACAUUUAGCUCACUAAAGUGCCAUCUAAAGUUUAAAACGACGCAGACUGAGCUUAUGUACUGUAGAGGAAGACACAGUUUGAUUGUUACCUCUUCUUGCACACUAUCAAAGCAAAGAGAGUGUCUUUGCUAAAAUUAUAAUUUAACGAUUUCUUUAUUGGUCAAACUGUUUAAGACUUUGCGAGCCAACAUAGGCAGUGAUCCAUCAAAGGUCAAAAUCCCUGUGCACAGCCCUUCUUUUUUCCAGGUGCUGAUGAUGUGCAGUAGAACCAUUGAAACUUAAAAAAGAGUAUACAUCGCACACUGGAGGAUAUCUUUUUGACGAUUUUAUUCGCGUUCACGCAAAUAAAAUCGACAAAAAGAUAUCCUCUAGUGUGCGAUAUGUACUCUUCUUUGAAGUUUCAAUAGGCAGUGAUCCAUUUAUGAACGAGCUGGGAUUACUUGUGACUGCCAAAUGAUGUGCCUCUACCAUACAGCUUAAUGAAUAGCCCCCAGAGUGUUGACAACAAGUAGAUUAUUACUAAAUCCAGUUUACUAAAACAAAUAUACUAAGCAUAGGAAGGAACAUUAUGUGGUAAGUUGAAUAAAUAUGAUAUACAGCCAUCAGUGCUUCUGUUCCUUUUAAUAGUUCCAGUGGAUUUAAUGCUCCUGUGUGUGUGUGUGUGUGUGUGAUUGAACAUUGGAUUUGAUCCAACAAAAUUGAAGCCCAGUCCUGAAUCCCAUUCUAUUUCAGUGCAGGAUUGCCAGCUUCCAGUAACAGUUGAAUCUGGCAUCUUCAAGAUUUUCUUGAAAACAGCCCAUCAAAAAGGAUUCUGAUCCUAUUUGCAAUAACGUUCCAAAAUGAAUUGCACCGAUUCACACUGUGAUGUCAACGUCAUUCAACUGACACAGUCUCAACACUGGGAGAAGAAGUUCAUUUAAAAAAUGAUUGUAGCACAAUCCAAGUGCUGGACCCAAAAUAUUAGCUUUGGGUAUUCCCCCAGUCAUUUCAGCCUCAGAGAGAUUAUACGUGUCACAUCAGAAUGGCUUGCAUUGUGUUCAUAAGGUGUGUGUGUGUGAGUGUGUGUGUGUGUGUGUGUGUGUGUGUGUGUGUGUGUGUGUGUGUGUGUGUGUGUGUGUGUGUGUGUGUGUGUGUGUGUGUGUGUUCUGAGAGUGAGAGCAUCUGAUUAGGAAGAGAGUAGAAAAAACAGUCUGUGUUUGUGUGUGUGUGUCUCUCUCUAUGUGUAUUUGUUAAAUUUAUGAAACUGGAGGGUAUAACGUUCUCUGUAUUAAAUUACCUGCUGCUUAUACUCCUAACAGAAUACAGGGCACAGCUACAAAAGGUAUUUAUGGCAAAAAAAAAUGUAAAGGCAUUUAUUUUUGGAGCCAGAUCUGUGUAUUUUGUGUGUGUCUCCUGUUGAGUACAUUAGACUGGUUAUGUGUCAUAUUUAUGAUUGUCCAGUGAUGUUUUCACUUUUGUGUGUCCAAAACUUUCAAGACUUUGAUCAGAUGAUCAUGUUCUGUACAAUGAAAUGUCAGUCUCCUCUGUGUGUGUGUGUGUGUGUGUGUGUGUGUGUGUGUGUGUGUGUGUGUGUGUGUGUGUAUGUGUGUGUGUGUGUGUGUGUGGGGGGGGGGGUGAAGAAAUCUAGCUUUGGUUUUGUGUUGUGAACUCAUUUUUUGGCAGUUGGAAGUGCAUGCAAACUACUGUAGAUAAGGCUAAACAUUGUAAGAAACUGUAAGUAAAAAACAUUCAUCCCAUGAAGCCAAUGUGUAUAGAGUGAAAUGCAAUGUGACAGAAUCACAUAAAUAUAUUUAUCUUGUAAAAA